GGGCCGCGGGGAGGCGGCGGCGGCGGCCCCCGCCGAGGCCCGGUGCCGAGCCGGUCCUCCCAUCCGUCCGCCGCCGCCGCCGCCUCUCGGCCGAUGCGUUGGCGGCGUCCGCCAUGGACAAGAUCCUGGAGGGGCUGGUGAGCUCGGCGCACCCGCUGCCGCUGAAGCGGGUGAUCGUGCAGCGGGUGGUGGAGCUGGCCGAGACGCCGCUGAGCCGGGCGCAGUGCCGCGCCAUGUUCGCGCUGGGCACCCGGCUGGUGCUGCAGGGCCCCGACCGCUUCCAGCGGCAGGUGGGCCGGCAGGUGCUGGAGGCCUACGGCCGUUACCACCGCGCCGAGUUCGAGGCGUUCUUCGACCGCGGGCUCGUCCUCGGCCUCCUGCAGCGCGGCUACGGCGAGCUGAGCAACCGCGACCCGGCCAUCCUGGACUACAUCCAGGCCGGGCUGCGCCUCAUCAUGAGCUGCCCCUCGGUGCUGGAGCUCUUCGAGCUGCUGCAGGUGGAGGCGCUGCGCCUGGUGUGCGAGCGGCCGGCGCCGCCGCUCUGCGCCCGCCUCUGCCAGCUGCUGGGCGACUUCCCGCAGUGCCUGCCCCGCGGCAGGAAGCUCUCGCUCGCCUUCUGCCAGCAGCUGGUGCGCAGCAUCGCCCACUUCCAGAGCCAGGGCAGCCGGGAGGCCGAGCUGCGCCUCUACGUCUCGCAGGUGACGCAGGUGAGCGGGCUGCUGCGCAGCGUCUGGAAGGCCGAGCCCGACACGCUGCUGCCCUCCCUGCAGGAGCUCUUCGCCGUCAUCUCGGCUGCCGAUACUUCAUUUGAACCAUCGGUUGCGCUGGCAAGUCUUGUGCAGCACAUACCAUUACAGAUGAUAACAGUACUCAUCAUGAGCCUUACUACAGAUCCGAAUGUGAAAGAUGCAAGUAUGACUCAAGCUCUGUGCAGGAUGAUUGACUGGUUGUCUUGGCCUCUGGCUCAGCACGUAGAAACUUGGGUGAUUGCACUGCUGAAAGGACUAGCUGCAGUCCAGAAAUUUACUAUCCUUAUUGAUGUCACUCUGCUAAAGAUUGAGUUGGUAUUUAAUCGACUUUGGUUUCCUCUAGUGAGGCCUGGUGCCCUUGCUGUCCUUUCCCACAUGUUACUUAGUUUCCAACAUUCUCCAGAAGCUUUUCAUUUGGUUGUGCCACACGUGGUCAGCUUGGUUCACUCCUUCAAAAGUGAUGGUUUACCUUCCAGUACAGCAUUUUUGAUGCAGUUGACUGAGUUGAUACACUGUAUGAUGUAUCAUUAUUCAGGUUUUCCAGAGCUCUAUGAACCCAUUCUAGAAGCUAUUAAGGAUAUGCCCAAACCCAGUGAGGAGAAGAUUAAGUUGAUUCUCAGUCAGAGCGCCUGGACUUCUCAAUCCAGUUCUUUGCCAUCUUGUUUAUCUAGACUUUCUGGAAAAUCUGAAACUGGGAAGACAGGUCUAAUUAAUCUGGGAAAUACUUGCUACAUGAACAGUGUUAUUCAGGCACUUUUUAUGGCUACAGAUUUCAGAAGACAUGUUUUAUCUCUGAAUCUAAAUGGGUGUAAUUCACUAAUGAGAAAAUUGCAGCAUCUUUUUGCAUUUUUGGCCCAUACCCAGAGGGAGGCAUAUGCUCCUAGAAUUUUCUUCGAGGCUUCCAGGCCACCAUGGUUCACUCCUCGAUCCCAGCAGGAUUGCUCAGAAUAUCUCCGGUUCCUUCUAGACAGGCUGCAUGAAGAAGAGAAAACCUUGAAAGCAUUGUCUUCAGCAAAGGCUCCUGAAAGUAGGAAGAAUGACGAGUCCCAGACACAAGAAACUGUCCAUAAAGCACAGGUAUUUGUUGAAGCACCUUGUAUGGGAAGUGAAGAAAGAACUCUAAUAGAGAAAAUGUUUGGAGGAAAACUGAAGACUACUAUAUGCUGUUUGAACUGCAAAAGCACAUCUCAAAAGGAAGAAGCUUUCACAGAUCUCUCUCUGGCUUUCUGUCCUCCAGCAUCCUUGGAGAAUGUUGGUUCAAAAUGUGUGGACUGUUCUGAAAUGAAAGAUGACUGUGGGGUGGAAACAAGUACUUCAGCAACUAUUCCUGCUGGAGAAACGUCUCUCAAUAGCUUGGAAAUAAAUGGUGGAUGCGAUGCAGUUACGAUUGAAGGAACCACAAAAGAUUUUUCGGCUGAGCCAAACUCUGAGACCAAUUCUGAACUCAACAGAAGUCAAGAAAACAGGGACAUGUCUCAGAGGCUAGUAGGGAAAAACACCCCAUCAGUUACAGACUUACUGAAUUAUUUUCUGGCACCUGAGAUCCUCAGUGGAGACAAUAAAUACUAUUGUGAAAAGUGUGCCUCUCUACAGAACGCUGAGAAAACUAUGCAAAUCAUUGAGGAACCUGAAUACCUCAUUCUCACUCUUCUGAGAUUUUCAUAUGAUCCAAAGUGUCAUAUAAGACGUAAGAUCUUGGACAAUGUUUCUCUGCCACUUGUUUUGGAACUGCCAGUCAAAAGAGCAACAUCGCCUCUACCUGUAGUUUCAGGAGGUUGGUCUGUUGAUGCUGAGGUUUCUGAUAUUGGAGAAAAUCUUGCUAAAAAACUGAAGCCCUCUGGUGCUGAUGAAGUGUCCUGUCCACAGCUGGUGCCCUAUACGCUAAGCUCUGUGGUGGUGCACUCUGGCGUAUCCUCUGAAAGUGGACAUUACUAUUCAUAUGCUAGAAAUGUUACUGGUUCAGGGCCGUCAGGACUGCGUCAUCAGUCUAAAGCUCUCUCUUUAGUUUGUCCUCAAAAUAAGUUGUUGGCAGAGGAGAGUCCUUGUACUGUUACAGAAAAUGAGCUGGACACUGAGAUGUCGAAAGAAUGGUUUCUGUUCAAUGACAGUAGAGUGACAUUUACCUCAUUUCAGUCAGUCCAGAAAAUUACCAGUAGAUUUCCAAAGGACACUGCUUAUGUUCUCUUUUACAAAAAACAAAAUAACACCUGUGGCUUCAACACCAAUUCAGCAAAUGGACUCUGGGUAAAUGGAGACCCUCCCUUGCAAAAAGACCUCAUGGAUGCAAUUACGAAAGAUAACAAACUAUACUUGCAGGAGCAAGAGCUUAGUGCUCGAACACAAGCACUUCAAGCUGCUUCAGCCUCGUGCUCUUUCCGCCCCAAUGGAUUUGAUGACAACGAUCCCCCGGGAAGCUGUGGACCAGCAGGUGGAGGAGGAGGGGGUGGGUUCAGUACUGUUGGUAGAUUAGUCUUUUGACUACGAAGACGACGUGGAAUACACUGGUUCCGAAGCAGCCCGGUAAUGCUGAGGACAAUUAAAAUUUUGGAACGUUGUCAUAUAUUGUACCAAGUUUUGAGACUUGAUUCCUGUUCAAAAGCAAAUGUUGGGGUUUUUUUUGCUUGUGUUUUAUUUGAAAUAAAUAAGCGCAUAAUGGAAAAAAA